AUGGCUUCCCAGCUCCCAGCUCUGACUCCACUUAUGCAGCCUAUGCCUCAUGCUGACACCAGUCACUGUGCGGUGAGCCCGUUCAGGCAGUUCACCCAGCUUAACUGGGGGCUUUUGGAUCAAUCCCCUGAAGGUAUGGCCAGCCGUCCUCAGAAGGUGUGUUUAUGUCCAUUCCUGCCAAUACAUCCGCUAAAGGUCUCCACCUGCUUGUAUAUAAUUCAGCAUCCAGCAGAGGAAAGUCGAGUACUAAGGACAGUACCUUUGCUAGCAGCUUGUCUUCCUCCAGACAAAUGUAAAAUUUUGGUUGGUCGACGUUUUAGUGAAGACAGGUAUCCUGAAUUAGCAACUGUGUGCAGAAAUCCCAAUACUCUGAUUUUGUAUCCUGGAGCUGAAGCAACCAAUUUGGAAGAAGUUGCUGUGAUGCCUUCUAGCCCAUCUGUUAUGAUCAUCAUUGAUGGAACAUGGAGUCAGGCUAAAGAUAUAUUUUACAAAAAUUCUCUCUUCCGGCUUCCCAAGCAGGUGCAGUUAAAAACCAACAUUUCAAGUCAAUAUGUAAUUCGUACACAGCCAACAAACACCUGUCUGUCUACGCUUGAAUGUGCAGCUGUUGCUCUUACUAUCAUGGAAAAAAAUAAGAGUAUACAAGAGACUAUACUCCGUCCACUUCAAGCUUUAUGUUCGUUCCAGCUUCAACAUGGUGCCCAGAUCCAUCACAGCAAGGAGCAUCUUCUCAAAAAUGGCUUAUAUGACAAGCCAAUGCCAAAGAAUAAGCGCAAACUCAGAAGAAUGGAGCUUUUGGUGAAUAAUGUUAAAAUAUAAGAAAACUGUACUGGCAGUACAGUGGGAUUUAUUUGCAGCUAGCAAAUCAAUAUGAAUGUGGAUUUGAUCCAAACAGUUGACUGUACUGUAAUAAAACAACUUUUAGGACCUUCAUAGGCAAGAGUUUAUCUACCAAUGUGACAAACAGUAAUGGACAAGCUUUUUCAUUUUUGCAGUAGGCCAGGUGCCUUUGUUCAGACGAUAGAAGAUCAUUCUCAUUUCCUAUAGAAAAGAAGAAGAAAACUGAGCAUAAUUUAGAGUUAUGUUAUCUUUUGGGUGACAAGUAUGAUCCUCAAUAUGACUGGAUAAAUUUACUUUGGAGAAGCUUUUAUCAGUACGAAAAGACAAGGAAUAUGAAUGUAAUGGAACGGUAAGGCUGCAGCAUUUAGAAGUAUAUUGAAUUUCUGCUGAGCAUUUUAACUUCAGUAUCUAAUUACAGUAGGUUUUCAAACUGUAAUUCCUUAUAUUACUUAGUUCAGAUGAACAUAAGGCACGCUAUUUGUAUAGUACUUUUUGAGAUUUUUAUUUCUUACAUUAUUAGAAUUCCUUUUCAUAAAUUUAUAUACAUUUUACAAUGCAGUCGGGUUUAGUUUCUCUCUCAGACUUAAUUUUUAAAUUAAGCCCGCGUAUGUUUUUACCAGAACCUGAAUACUUCUGACUUUAAAAAAAAAAAAAGAAUGUAGAGAAAUGUGUUUUGGAAUUAUAACUCAGGUGCUUCACUUUUACUUGAGCAAAAACUACUCCUCCGCAGAAGGGGACAUUUUAUGGAUAUGGAAACGCCAUACCCAUACCCUGACAUACAAUGCUUAUGAUAUUAAAGGAAUUAAGCCCAGUGUAAACAGCCCUGUAAGAAGUAUGAUGCAAUGACAAAUGAUUACGUCUGGAUACAACCUACUAAAAUGAUUGCCGAUCCAUUAGAUUUCAUGUGUUAUUUAACUAGUUCUUCUCUUCCAACAGUGAUAUAACUGUACCUCUUUCUAAUGGAAUCACUAGAAGCGAAAGAAUUGGGUAUUUUUACAAGCUUUAUGAAGUAAUAUUUUAUGAUCUGGAGAGAAAAAAAAAGUGAAAUAAAGGUUUUGAUGUUCCUUUC